AUGUCACACCAAACUGGGAUUAAUGCAUCAUCAGAGCUUAAAGAUUUCUUGGUCCAAGCAAAGGGAGGUGCCAUUAGAAUAUUGAAGAUCAUCAUCCAAAAUGAGGAGUUGGUGCUAGAGUCGUGCACACAGCCAGCACAAAGCUGGGACAAGGACUAUGACCACUUCCUGUUACCUCUGCUCAUGCCACAGCAGCCGUGCUACAUCCUCUACCGGCUGGACUCCCAGAAUGCACUGGGAUAUGAGUGGAUCUUCAUCGCCUGGUCACCUGACCAGUCACCAGUUAGACAGAAGAUGGUAUAUGCUGCAACUCGUGCCACUUUAAAGAAAGAGUUCGGUGGAGGACACAUCAAAGAUGAGCUCUUUGGCACAGUUGAGGAUGACGUCUGCUUUCAGGGGUACCUGCGUCACGUGACCUCCUGUUGUUCUCCAGCGCCUCUCACAGCAGCCGAACAGGAACUACAACGGAUUCGCGUCUCAGAGGAUAAAGUUGUAUGGGAUGAGCGUAGACGAAUUGGGAUUCCACGUGCAAGAGUUCCAGUGGAAUUCGGUAUCGACAAAAAAGUCUCUCGGGGUCUUGCGUUCCCUUUACAAGAAGAGGCCAAGCAGGCACUGGAGCAGUUGAAGCAGAAACACAUCAACUACAUACAACUAAGGUUGGACGUGGAGAAAGAGACCAUCGAGCUGGUACACACCAAGCCAACAGAGACCCGUGAGCUCCCGUACAGGAUCCCCACAGAUUCUCCUAGAUACCACUUCUUCGUCUUCAAACAUUCCUACCAGGGCCGCAUUCAGGACGCUUUAGUUUUCAUAUAUUCCAUGCCUGGGUACACCUGCAGCAUAAAGGAGCGUAUGUUGUACUCCAGCUGCAAAAACAGGCUCUUGGAGGAGGUGGAGAAAGAUUACCAGCUGGAAGUGAUCAAAAAGAUGGAGAUAGAUAGUGGUGACAGCCUUACAGAGGACUUCUUGUACGAGGAGGUCCACCCAAUGGAGCAAACUUUGAAGCAAGCGUUUGCCAAGCCCCGUGGACCAGGUGGCAAGAGAGGCAACAAACGUCUGAUCAAGGGCGCAGGGGAUAACGGCGAGGAGAUUUAG